GUAUUCAUGUAGGUGCGCAGCAGAGAAUAAAAACAAGAAAAAUGUGGUCUAGAUGGAUAGAGUCGACACGUCACCCAUAGGUUCGAACGAGCCGCCGCCUGACGCCCCAACAAAGAAGGAAACCCUAACAAUGCAAACGCACCCAAUUUUCCUAAUCUCUUACCGCCACGUGUCAGUCUUCUUUUUCCUCUUUUUUUAUCUUUCCCUCUCUCCUUUCUCCAUACUCAUCCGGUUUCCUUUCUCCUUUUCCUUUCUCCGACCGCCAUUGCCACUUCAUCGGAACCCUAAUUUUCCUUCUCUCUUCCACUGCUUUUCGACGAAUUUGUCUCCGCUGAAUGUUGUCGUUUCACCUGAAAAUGGUGGAACAAUACGUCGUUGAUUGUGUUCCAUCCAAGACCUUGUUCCACACGAGGAAAAAAACUCUUCUCAAUUGAAUCCAUUCCAGAUCCAUCUCCUUUUUCAAAUUUGUAUAUUAAUCCGAAAUUUUGUACAGUUUACCUUAGAUUCGGUUGUAGACAGAAGAAAUGGCGUUGGGGAUUUGAGUUUUGAAGUUUGGAAUUCUUGACUGUUUCGUUUUUUCUUUUUCUUUUUUUUUUCUUUUCUUUUUUUUCGAUUUGUCUCUGGUUUAUAAGCUUAGAGAAGGUGGCGAAGAUGAAUCUAGGUGCGGCGGAGGAAGAAUCGCCGCAAGAAAUUCAUAUUCCGGCCGAAAUCGAUUGGCAGAUGCUCGAUAAAUCUAAAUUCUUUUUUCUCGGUGCAGCGUUGUUUUCAGGUGUUUCCGCUUCUCUUUACCCUAUGGUUGUGUUGAAAACUCGUCAACAGGUUUCUCAUUCGCAACUUUCUUGCAUCAGAACCGCAUUUUCUCUUGUCCGCCAUGAAGGUUUCCGAGCUCUUUACCGAGGAUUUGGUACUUCUCUAAUGGGAACUAUCCCUGCUAGAGCUUUAUACAUGGGAGCUCUUGAGAUUACAAAGAGCUAUGUCGGAACUGCCACCAUUAGAGUUGGAUUCCCAGAAACUAGUGCAGCUACCAUUGCUAACGCCGCUGCUGGAUUGAGUGCGGCAAUGGCAGCUCAGCUUGUAUGGACUCCUGUUGAUGUUGUGAGUCAAAGACUCAUGGUUCAACCUAGAUACAACAAUCCCAAUUCUUCCUCAACUCAUUACAUCAAUGGAAUCGAUGCCUUUCGAAAGAUCCUCAAGGCCGAUGGCCUCCGUGGCCUCUACCGAGGAUUUGGAAUAUCAAUUUUGACCUACGCACCGUCGAAUGCCGUGUGGUGGGCAUCUUAUUAUGUAGCACAGCGGCUGGUUUGGGGUGGAAUUGGGUGCUGUUAUCAUGCAAAGAAGGUUCAGGUUGAUGAAGAUAAUGAAAAUGGAGGAUAUAGUAACAAUGUCUACAAACCCGAUUCCAAAACUGUGAUUGCAGUUCAAGGAGCGAGCGCAGCAAUGGCAGGGAGUAUAUCAGCCUUGAUAACAAUGCCACUCGAUACCAUCAAGACGAGAUUGCAAGUGUUGGAUGGGGAUGAAAAUGGGAGAAGAGGACCAACUAUAGGACAGACAUUGAGGAAUUUGGUGCGGGAAGGAGGAUGGACGGCUUGUUAUCGAGGGUUGGCACCCCGGUGUGCAUCCAUGUCGAUGUCUGCGACGACAAUGAUCACUACAUACGAGUUUUUGAAACGGCUAUCAACAAAGAAUCAAGAGAGUUUAACAAGCUAAAGCAUAGCAGGGGAAGAUGGGAGUUUUCAUGGUGAGUGAAGAUUGUCAUUUUUUUUUCAAAACUGUUUCUGAUAAUUCUCUUCUUGGAUUUCUUUUUAAUUUUUUUUUUCUUUUUUCUUUCUAAUUCUACUUUAAUGAAUCCAAUCUGAAUCUACUUUGUUGAUAUAAUGUAAGGCAUAGCCAUUUGUUCAUAUAUAAAAUGUAUAGAAAUAAUUACUUUCUGUAAAA